GCCGCAAGUGGGAGGCUGAGGGCGGCCCAUUCUCCCUGGCCGCCACGUCGAAACCCCGAAGAACAUGGUGGGUGGAGUACCCUCCCGAGCCAGCUCUCUCCGUUCGACGCGGCGGCGGAGAUGCGCCCUCCGCCUCGGAAGCCUUCGUUCCGCAAAAUGACCGAGCAGAGCCUGGCCAUGUGCACCGAGAUUCUCGGGAGUGAAACCGGGGCCGACAUCUUUGAAAGCGACGAGCUUUACUCUCUCGUCGUUUCCAUGGACAGGCCGGCCCCGGGUUCACACAAACAAGCGGACGAAUCGUUCGAUUCGUCCGGCUCGAGAGGGAAUGAUAAUAAUAAUAGUAAGAAAAAGUGUUACUCAAGAGGCGAUUGCAACGACUUUCCGCCUCCACUGACGACGAUGCGGGGCCCGGCUUGUCGCCGGCUCACAUGUCGGCGUGAAGGGGGAAGGCUGGUGGUCGCGGCGGCCGACGUCCUCUCGAGGCAAUCUUUCCGGCAGGUGGAGGCGAGCAGCGGCCGCCUCAAGAUAUUCUUUUACACAAACGAGGGGAAUACGAGUAAUUGUUCCGGCGACAACAAUAAUUACGACGGCGGGGAUAAAGAUAGUGAAGCAGACGCCGCCGGAACAGUAGGAGAAGAGAAUAUGACGGAGGAAGAAGACGGUGAGAGUGAAGCGGAGGAUAGGGGCAGAUUGGGUGUUGAUCAGGUGGAAAUGGGAAUGAAGAAAUGUGUGGUGGCGGCGGCGGCGGCGGCGGCGGCGGGGCGGAGUUGCAAGGAAGGCGGCCAAGGCAUUUCCGAAAUUUUCGGGAUCCCCGCCCACAAUCCAAAAUUAUGUCUCUAUAGUUAGCUCAUUUACAUUUGUUUGUUAUGAUGAUAAUAUUUUAAUAUUUAAAAUUAAGACAUCAUAUUUUUUGCCAUAAAAGGAAUAGUCACAU